UCGUUGUAACACGACAUUUAACUUUCCUCUGUCUUGUAAACUUUUGCGGUUGUCUGCCUGUAACAGAACGUUAGAACACAAGAGUAGUGGUUUAAGGUUAUGGGUAAGUGUCUUUCAGUUUGUGUGGGGGACUCGUCUACAGAUACCACUCAACGAAAGCCUUCACAGCAAACCACAACCACAUCAGUAACUACUAGGACGUUCAACAAUUCGUAUCCCCAACAUGCACCAAGUAUUAUGCACGAAUCAUUCAAGAGCAAACCAGCCGAGAAGAGUGUACCGGCGAAAACUAGUUCAAAUGAUAUACCAAGAACGUUCCCCUUGCCGAAGCAAGAAGUUGACGAGUCAAAGAUCGCCUCGCUGUUUGGUAAAUAUAAGGACGAUACCGAAGACGCUAUUCUUGCGGAUGGCAUGGAGAAGUUUUGUCAAGACUUAGGAGUUGAUCCAACAGAGUUUAUCGUACUUGUUCUGGCCUGGAAAUUCAAUGCCUCGCAAAUGUGUCGCUUUACGAGAACUGAAUUCUUCGAGGGAUGCAAAGCUCUCAAAGUCGACACCAUAAGAAACCUACAAAAUAAAUUUCCCGAACUUGAAGCAGAGGUAACAAAUGAUGUCGAGAAGUUCAAGGAUUUGUAUCGAUUCACUUUCAAGUUUGGACUUGAUGUGGAUGAGGGCCAGAGAGCCUUGCCUAAGAACAUCGCUCUUCCACUUUGGAAACUUGUCUUUUCAAGGAACGUGCCAGCUGUCCUAGAUCGAUGGUUUGCUUAUUUAGAAAACAGACAACUGCGGGGAAUUUCACGAGAUACUUGGUAUAUGUUUUUAAAUUUCACCGAGGCAAUCGAGCCGGAUUUCGAGAAUUACGACGACUCAGAGGCCUGGCCAAGUCUUUUUGAUGAUUUUGUAGAAUCGGAAAGAGAAUUGGUCAAACAACUACUAAAAGAUGACGCUGCAGCUAUUCAUGAGGAGAAACAGGAGAACGGAAUUAUCAAAGAAGAAAGCUCGUACUCCUUGUAGACUUUGACUUCGUCUGAAAUUUCAUUAUUCUUUCGUAGCUUAGCCUACGAUUGAUCUUAAACAUGUUCGAUGUUAUCGGUAAUGAAGACUUCUCCAUUAUACAUGUAGAAAGCACAAAAAAGAAUUUUAUUCGCGAGGCCUGCCUCCCGUAGCUUAGCUACGAUCCAAUCCACAGACAGUAUAUUGAGGUCCUACUUCAUUACUGAAAAGCGUAAAACAACUUCCCCGAUCAUACAACACAGAAUCGAUGAUAAUUAGACAACUCACUUUGUUUAGGAAAUGCAGUCAAUAGAUCAAAUCUCGCGAAUUUCAUUUUCAUCGAAAAGGGGUUUUAAAUUUUAGAUCAGACGUGCGACGGAACAACCCGUUAUCGAACUUAGGUAUUCCACUGGUCCUGAUUACAAAACAAUUCUCAAAGUUUUAAAAGCAGAGGUUAACCAAUUUUUAAAUUAUUAUUAUUUUUUAAAUUUAUCAGUUUGAUGUAAAGUUUUUCUAUCCAACGCCGUUUAGCAUUCCGCCGACAUAUCAUUGAAAUUUCGCUUAAAACAAUAUUGCUGGAGGGAAAUGCAGAUUCGAAAUAUCCUCAACAAAACAGCUGUUAGUCGUUCUGCAGUAAGUCUAUUUUGAAAUUAGCACGUAUGCAUUCAAAAUGCCAAUUGUUUGUUACUAUGCAGUCGUUUUCAAUUAUUUGUGCCAAUAACAAAUUGAUGAACUGCAAUGUACCUAUCUCAUAAACAAAUAUCAAGUCUUAGUCAUCAGACAGAUGAACGGACAGAUAGAGAUCGUCUGGAAAAGACAUCGUCAAGGUGGUGUGCAAAAUUCUCUUCAUUUAUGCCAUUAAACUUAUGGCAACCACCGUUAUUUAACUAUUUUAAGUUCAAGGUAUCACUAAUGCAAUGAGGGAUGGUAUGUGAACAUGUCUGUCAAUUUUGAAAGCAUUUUCAUUAAGAAUUAAAAUUUAUCUAUAUUUUGUCUGGAA